AUGGCACCACAAGACCAAACCCAGGAGCCUAUCGCCGUCAUCGGCAUGGCAUGUCGCUUCCCGGGCGGCUGCGACUCCCCAUCGAAGCUAUGGGACUUGCUACGCGCACCGCGCGAUCUGACGAAGCGCGUCCCGGCCGACCGUUUCGACAUUGCCGGCUUCUACCAUAGCAACGGGUCUCACCACGGCGCUACCGAUGCGCAGAAAGCCUACUUUCUAGAGGAGGAUGUGACGCAGUUUGACAAUGGCUUUUUCAACAUCCCUGCGGCCGAGGCCGAGGCUAUGGACCCGCAGCAGCGUCUUUUGAUGGAAACUGUGUACGAUUCGCUAUGUGCCAGCGGACAGAAACUAGAAGAUCUCCGGGGCAGCGAUACGGCCGCCUAUGUCGGGCUCAUGUGUGACGACUGGGCGCAGGUCAUGGCGCGCGACUGGGACCAGAUGCCAACCUACACGGCGACGGGCAUAAGCCGGGCCAUCGUAGCCAACCGCCUGUCGUAUUUCUUCGACUGGCACGGCCCCAGUAUGACCAUCGAUACGGCUUGCUCGUCGUCGCUUGUCGCGGUGCACCAGGGCGUGACGGCCCUGCGCAACGGGGAGUGUCGGGUGGCUGUUGCGGCUGGUGUGAACUUGAUGCUAGCGCCUGGCAUGUUUAUUGGCGAAAGUAAAUUGCACAUGCUCUCGCCGACGGGGACCAGCAAGAUGUGGGAUGCGGCGGCCGAUGGUUAUGCCCGCGGCGAAGGCGUGGCCUCGGUGGUGCUGAAGCCCCUUAGUGCGGCACUGCGCGAUGGCGAUCAUAUUGAUUGUAUCAUCCGCGGUACGGCUGUAAACCAGGACGGCAAGACUACCGGCAUAACUGUCCCAAGCAACCAGGCGCAGGCAGCUCUCAUCCGUGAAGCCUAUGCGCGCUCUGGGCUGGAUAUCAACGAUAUCAAAGACCGCCCUCAGUUUUUCCAUGCCCACGGCACUGGGACACAGGCUGGCGAUCCCCAAGAAGCCGAGGCUAUCUCACAGUCGUUUUUUGGGGACGGCAAGGUCACUGAUACACUUUACGUGGGCUCCAUCAAGACCAUUAUCGGUCACACAGAGGGCGCUGCCGGCCUUGCUAGCCUAAUUGGAUCUGCGUUGGCUAUGCAGAAGGGCAUCAUCCCACCUAACCUCCAUUUUGAGAACUUGAGUGAUCGGGUUGCCCCGUACUACACGCAUCUCGAGGUUCCUACAGCUCCCAAGCCCUGGCCUCAGCUUCUUGCAGGCCAGCCGCGGCGAGUGAGCGUCAACAGUUUUGGAUUCGGUGGCACGAAUGCCCAUGCCAUCAUCGAGUACUUCGAACCCGAAUCGUCACCCGCGCCCACCACUGGCAACAAUCCCAGCCUCUCUACCGUGGGCACCCCAUCCUUCACUCCGCUCAUCCUAUCCGCCGCCUCCCCGUCAGCCCUCCGCGCCACCCUUUCCGACCUACGGGUCUACCUCGACACCCACCCCAACACCGACAUCCGCUCGCUAGCAUACACGCUCCAAACCCGGCGUUCCACCCUAGGCUACCGCAAGACCAUCGUAGCCAGCACCAUCCCAGAAGCCAUCACACGGAUCGACGCUCUCCUCAACAGCAGCAGCGACGCAACGAGCGAUCUAUCAACACGCCACCACGACCUCACCCACCCCGCCUCCAUCCUCGGCAUCUUCACCGGCCAAGGCGCGCAAUGGCCGCGCAUGGGCGCCCGCCUCCUGGAGUCAUCCCCCUUCGCGUCCCACCGCCUGGCCGAGCUCCAGCGCGCCCUCGCCACCCUCCCCGCGGGGGACCGCCCGGACUGGACGCUCAGCGCGCAGCUGCUGGCCGACCCGCAGACGUCGCGCGUCGCCGAGGCGGCCGUGUCGCAGCCGCUGUGCACGGCCGUGCAGAUCGUCUUGGUGGACAUGGUGCGCGCGGCGGGGUUGAGGUUCCGCGCCGUGGUGGGCCACUCGUCGGGCGAGAUCGCGGCGGCGUACGCGGCCGGGUUCCUGACGGCGGAGGAUGCGCUGCGCGUGGCGUAUUAUAGGGGGUUGCAUGCGGCUCUUGCGUCGGGCCCGCCGGGUGAUGAUGAGGAUGGGGAUGGGGAUGGUGGUGAUGGCGCGGGCUGCCGCGGUGCCAUGAUGGCUGUGGGUACCUCGUACGAAGACGCCCUCGCCUUCUGCCGGCUUGACUGCUUUGCUGGGCGGAUCCAGGUGGCGGCGCGCAACUCGCCUACCAGUAUUACCCUGUCUGGCGACGAAGAGGUUAUUGAGGAGGCGGUGGCGAUCUUCAAGGAUGAAAAGAAGUUUGCGCGCCGCCUCACUGUCGACACGGCAUACCAUUCCACGCACAUGUUGCCGUGUGAGGCGCCCUAUCUUGCGGGUCUGGCAAGAGCCGGCUACGCCGUGGGCGACGGCGACAGCACGGUUUCUUGGUUCUCCAGUGUUAUUGGUGGUGGUGGGCAUGUCAUGACCAAGGAGGACGUGCAGGACCCCCAAUACUGGGCCGACAACAUGACGAACCCGGUCUUGUUUGCGCCGGCCGUCUCGUGCGCUGUGGACGAUGCCGGGCCCUUUGACAUCGCCAUCGAACUAGGCCCGCAUCCCGCACUGAAAGGUCCGGCCCUUGAUACGAUCGAGGCGCUAACCGGGGAGAAGAUCCCCUAUACAGGGGUGCUGCGCCGAGCCAAGGACGAUAUCGACGAGCUGGCGUCAGCUUUGGGGUAUAUCUGGACACAGUUGGGUACCUCCUCCGUCAACUUUGAUGCAUUUGAGAACCUGGUCUCGGGGGUUGCUCUCUUGCCCGAGCAGCAGCGGCAACACCAGCAAAAACGACCACUAGCCGAUCUCCCCGGCUAUCCCUUUGACCGACCCCGUUCGUUUUUGGCCCUCUCCCGUUUCUCAGGUGGCCAUCGGCACUUACACGCGCCGCCGCACCCGCUGCUUGGACGACGCAUGGUAGAGGUAGAGACAGCCGAUACAGUUGCGUGGCGCAAUAUCCUCCGACCAUCCGAGAUCAGCUGGAUUCAGGGCCACGGAUUGCAAGGCCAAAACGUGUUUCCUGCUAUGGGCUUUGUGUCUCUGGCCGUCGAGGCUGUCGCGGUUGUUGCUGCUACCGCUGCUGGCGGAGACCGACAACUUGGGCUCGUCACACUACGCGACGUGGCUAUCGGCCGGGCGCUGGCCUUUACUGACGAGAACAUCGGUGUCGAAAUCAACGUCAACUUGCGAGUGACUCGCUCCAACAACAACGGGUUGGCGGCCCAUAUCACCUGCCAUUCCGGACUGCCUCUGGACGCGAGCGGUACACCGCUUGCCCUCAAUUUCAGUACUGCCAUCGAGGUGGACUUCCAUGACGCGAUGCCGCAUACGCUUCCCGCUACGCGGUAUUAUGACGAGGUCAACCUUGUCGAUACGGCGCCUGAGAUGCUGUACUCGCAGUUUGCAAACCUCGGAUAUAAUUAUUCCACUCCCUUCACAGGCGUACGCUCGAUCCAACGCAAGUUGGGAUGGGCAACGGGGGAGAUUGAGGACGAAGCAGGAGGCGCUUGGGAGGACCAGCUGUUGGUACAUCCCGGGUGGCUAGACUCGGCCGUGCAGACUUGCUUCGCGGCUUAUACGCACCCUCUCGACAACCGUCUACAUGCCCUGCUUGUUCCGACAGAGAUCCGGUCCAUUGUUAUUAACCCCUUUUUCUUUUCCCACCACCGGACUGCUACGGCCGCCGCGUCUGCUGGCCCCCGACCCGCCACCCGGGCUCUGCAAUAUCAGACCACAGUUCGUCUGGUGCCCGAUGCGCCGAUGGUCUGCGACAUUGAUGUCUUUGCUGGCAGCAGUGAUGACCAUGCCGCGGCGUCCCACGCUUUUGUGCAGUUUGACACGCUUAAGGUCACGUACCUGGCGACGCCCUCCCCCCGCGACGAUACCAUCAUGUUUUCCCGCUUCAACUACCGUCCGGCAACGCUCGAUGCUGCCGAGGCGGUUGAGCAGAACAAGGAGCUGGUGCCGCGCGAGAUCUCCGAGCUGUGGAGGAACCUUAACCGCGUCGGCUUCUUUUACCUCCGCAGAUUGUACGAGACACUGACACCGGCCGAGAGGGACGCGGCUUUACCGCAUUAUCAAUGCAUGCUCGCCUACGCCGGCCGACUCUUGGAUAGGGUACAGCGUGGCGAAUGCGGUGCCGUACCGCGCGAAGCCCUCAACGACACACCAGCCUUCAUCCGGUCGCUGAUGGGCCGGUACCGCGGCCGUUCCGACGCGCAAAUCACGGAAGCUGUGGGCGAGAACAUUGCGACCGAGAUCCGGCGCGACGGUAAUAUGCUCGAGCACAUGAUGAAGGAUGGCCUCUUAGACCGCUUCUAUGCCGACUGCGCCGGUGUUGAUACGGCCAACCGCUGGAUUGCCCGCGUCGUAGGCCAGCUCGCCCACCGCUACCCGCGCAUGAACCUGUUCGAAGUCGGCGCGGGUACGGGCAGUGCUACACGGCAGAUCCUUGGUGAGCUGCGCGGUGCUUUCUCGAGCUACACCUUUAGCGAUAUUGGCGCCGGGUUCCUGUCGCGCGCCCAGGACUCAUUUGCCGACAAUGAGUACGCCGACCGCAUGUCCUUUGCCACGUUCGACAUGGAGCGGGCGCCUGAGGAGCAGGGGUUUGUGGCCGGGACGUACGAUGUUGUGAUUGCGUCCAACGUGCUCCACGCGACGGGGGACCUGGAUGGUGUACUGACGCAUGUACGCCGUCUCCUUCGGCCAGGCGGAUACCUGGUUGCGCUCGAGAUCGUGUCCGACCACACGCUCGUUAUCAAUCUGGUGAUGGGCGGUAUGCCGGGCUGGUGGGCUGGGGCCAUGAAAGAUGAUGCGCGCAGGGACGGACCGUGUCUCACCCUCGAUAAGUGGGAUGCCCUUACACGCCGGCAUGGUUUUGGCGGCGUGGACAGCCAUGUCCCUGUUCUCAACGAGGAGCAGUGGUUUUCCGUCUUUGCUUGCCAGGCUGUUGACGACCGUGUCAAUAGUCUGCGCGAGCCGCUCGCUGUUCCUGGCCCUACUAGCACUGUUCUUCAUGGGGACGGUGCCAGGGAGUUGGUUAUCAUUGGCGGUCGCACACCCUCCGUCAGACAGCUCGCCGACGACAUCGCCACCGUACUCGGCCCGCAUUACCGCGACAUCAGCAUAAUAGCACAUCCCGAAGAGCUCAACAGCCGCCACCAAGCUAAACUCGAACCCGGAACCGCCGUGUUAUCACUCACUGAACUGGACGAGCAGCUCCUCGAGACGCGUACCUCGGCCAAGCUCGAGGCCCUCAAAACACUCUUUCGCAAUGCCGGCAGUAUCCUGUGGGUGACGCGUGGGGCGCGCGAUGAACGCCCCUUUUCGUCGCUGACGCUUGGCUUGUCGCGCGUUGUACGCCUCGAAUAUCCCAGCAUCAACUUGCAGUUGCUCGACUUUGACGGUACGACGGAGAUGACAUCCCAGUCCAUUGCCGAGGCCCUUAUACGUCUGGAACUGGGUGGGCAGUAUGCCAAGGAGGGUACGGUGCUCUGGACUGUCGAGCCCGAGACGCAUUAUGAAAACGGACGGCUGCUAGUGCCGCGGUUGAUGCCGGAUAUACAGGCCAACCUUCGGUACAACGCCUAUCGUCGUCCCGUGUUUGAUGACUUUGCAUUGGGCGAGAACACAGUUGCCCUGGAGCCAACACCAGACGGCACUGCAUUCGAGCUGGCUGCCGUGUCGCCUCUAAGGAUCUCCCCGACACCACCGCCAACGGCUCGUGGGAGUGUUGUGCUGCGGGUCGAGCAGUCAUUGUUGCAAGUGGUCAAAGUUGGCGACGCCGGUUUUCUCACGCUGUUUGUGGGGACUGAUGUGGCCAACGGACACGAAAACCUGGUUGCGCUGGCUGACACCGCCGUCGAGUCUUGCACUCGCGUCCCGGUCGAGUGGACGGCGCGUACACUGGCGGCGUCUCUCCUCGCGGCUGGCGCCCAUCUUGUCGCGCAGAGUAUCCUUGCUGCGGCGCCGCGCUUCGGUACCGUGCUUGUGCACGAAGCAGACGAACAUCUCCGGAAUGCGCUCGAGAGAGAAUCCCAGUGGGAAGGCAUGCGCGUUGUUUAUACUACAGCGGCCAAGACUAACACACCGAAACAACAACAGCAGCAGCAGCAUGGCCCGUAUAUUUUGGUUCACGACAAGAUGUCUCUGCGCCAGGGGCGCGCACUGCUGCCACGCGAUGUCUCCUUUUUCGUCAACUUGGCUAGUACAGCGUCUCCUGACUCUAGCGACACGACCACCGACUGCUCCGACCUCUUUGGCCGUAUUCUCCCGCCGAGCAUUCACAAAGCCACGGCGGCAGAGUUUGUGUGUGUGCAACCUCGCUUGUCUCCCGAUGCCGACGCCGACCAGGUGGGCAGUCGUCUCAAGGCCGCUUGGCAGGCCGUGACGAGGAGGCAGCAGCGACAGCAUGGGGCAACUUCCGAGUCCUUCGUCCCGCUCCAAGAUGUCACGGACACCCCCGUCAAGCUCACCAAGUUCACCGCCGUCGACUGGACUGCAUCGUCCUCGGUGCGCGCCCUCGUGCGGCCCAUUGACCACGGCACCAUCUUCCGGGCCGACGGAACAUAUUUACUCAUCGGUCUUGCCGGCGAUCUCGGUCAGUCCCUCUGUGAAUGGAUGGUUUCCCGCGGCGCACGUCACGUUGUGAUCGGCAGCCGACGGCCCAAGAUCGACCCUCGCUUCAUUGCCGCGCUCUCCACCGAGUACAGCGACGCCUGCCGCAUCCAGGUUUUGCCCAUAGAUGUAACAUCCCGCGACUCCCUGCGCGCUGCCCUCGACACCAUGCAGGCCGCCAGGAUGCCACCCAUCAUCGGCGUCGUCAACGGCGCUAUGGUGCUCGAGGACAAGCUCUUCGAGGACCUCGACAUGGACUCGCUCGAACGCAGCGCCCCGCCCAAAGUCGAUGGCUCGGUGCUGCUCGACGAGCUCUUCUACGACGCCCCGCUCGAUUUCUUCGUGCUCAUGACCUCGACCGCCCAGGUGGUGGGCAACGGCGGGCAGUCGGCGUACGUCAUGGCCAACCAGUUCAUGAACGCGCUGGCGGCGCAGCGCCGCGACGUGCGCGGCGUGGCCGGGUCCAACAUGGCCAUCAGCUUCGUCUACGGGCGCGGCUACGUGGAGCACAACAAGAAGAAGGGUGAUUCGAACUACGCCGACUUCCUCUUGCGGCUGACGUAUCGCGGGGUUUCCGAGCGUGACUUGCACGAGCUUUUUGCAGAGACGGUUCUUGCGGGACGACCUGGCUCGCGUGCCCAGGGUGUGGCGGAGGUGGCGACGGGGGUUUCUCUCUUCCGCGACGAUCCCCAGACACACAUCCAGCUGCGCACCAACCCGCGAUUCAGCCAUUUCAUGCUACACGAUGCCGCUGCCGGCGCGGGGGCUCACGGUGGGCACGGCGGGGCUAACAAGACGGAGCGUCUGCGUGUGCGGCUGGCGGCCAUCAAGUCGCUCGACGAAGCGAGGGAUGUGGUCCGGGACGCCUUUGUCGACCGCCUGCGACGCAUCUUGAUGGCUCAUAACGACACGACUGUGGAUCCCAAGGCCAGUGUUAUCGGGCAGGGCGUCGACUCCAUCAUGGCCGUCGAGCUGCGGUCCUGGUUCCUCAAGGAACUCGACAUUGACAUGCCUGUGCUCAAGAUUCUGGGGGCCGACACCACGGUUGAGUCUCUGUUGGGCGAGAUUCUCGACAGGAUCCCGGCCACCAUUUUGAACCUGGACUCUACUGCUUCAGCUCCUGUUGUUGCUUCAGCUCCUAUUGUUGCUUCGGCUCCUGCCGUUGCCCCAUCUUCUGCUGUCACCCCACCCCCUUUGAUUGCUCCCUCUUCAGUUGGUGCAGCAUCAGACGUUGUUUCAACUAACUCGAACGGCACAAGUAAUCGCCAAGCCGGUGAAGCACAAGACACGCCUCAGGAAUCACCCCCAGAGACCUGGGGAGGGUUAGACGAUGGCUCGGCCCAAAAGGCCGCCGCAAUGCAAAUCCACCCGCAAGAAGUGAUGCGGGCACUGGAAAAGGAGCGAGAAGCAGCUCGCCGGAGAGCCAUCAUUGAAACGUCGACCGAGACCAAAGAGCCAAUGACAUAUGGACAAAAGCGUUUUUGGUUUCUCCACCACUACGUCGAUGACCACACGGCCUUCAAUAUGGCGUAUCAAUUCCGCCUCGAGGGACGCAUCCAGACCCGCCAUCUCGCCGAGGCUGUGGAGGCGGUAGCACAACGGCACGAGGCCCUGCGCACGCGCUACUUCUGGGGCGACGAACAAGACGAGAGCGGCACUCACAAGACGCCCAUGCAAGGCAUCCUGUCCAAGGGGCUUUUGCGUCUGGAAACAGGCACGAUCGAGUCCGAGGCCCAGGCGGCCCAAGAACUCGUCGCCAUGCGGAAGCAUGAGUGGGAUCUCGGGGACUGGGGCCAAGUGCGCGUGCAGCUCCUCUCGCUAUCGGACACAGUCCACUGGCUGUCCAUGAGCGGGCACCACAUCUCGCUGGACGGGUACAGCAUAACCAUCCUGAUGGCCGAUAUCAACCAGGCCUACCAAGCCUACCGAUGGGGGUCCAGCCCACCGCCUCCCCUAGCCGCCGAGUUCCAGGCCACGGCGUUUGGAAAACAAGAAACGUUGGCUUACACCUCGGGCAAGCUGCAGCCCGCCAUCAACCACUUCCGCCAGACACUCGCCGGGGUGGAUCUCACCCGGCCCAUCGAACUGCUCCCCUUUUCCCGCACCCAAGUCAGACAGCCGCAGGACCGGUACUGCCCCAGCUCCGUCGCCCGGCGCCGGCUCCAGCCCGACGUGGCCGCCCGCCUGAAGCAGCUCGCGCGCACCCACCGCGCCACCUCGUUCCACGGCUAUCUCGCCGCCCUGCAAGCCCUCAUCCUCCGACUCCUGCCCUCGGCUGCCCCAACCGCUUCUUCGACCGGGAGCACAGCAAGCAAGGACGAGAAGAACAUUGUCAUCGGCAUCGCCGACGCCAACCGUGUCGGCGCCCAGUUCCUCGGCAGCAUCGGCAACUUUCUGAACAUCCUCCCGCUCGUCUUUGGUUCUUCUGCCGACAGCAGCAACAACAAGGGCCAAAAUAACAACAACAGCGAAACCUUCGGCCAAGCCAUCGAAGCAACCCGCCGCAAAGUGCACGCGGCCCUCGAGCACUCGCAGCUCCCCUUCGAGGUCCUGCUCGACGAGCUGGCGGUGCCGCGGUCCAACACCCACCCGCCGCUGUGCCAGGUGAUUGUCGACUACAAGCUGGUGACGCGCGAGCAGGCCGCCAUGCGCUGGGGCGGCUGUGCCGUGAGCGACCACGCGUGGAUGUUGCCCGACGGGUCGUACGAUGUGGCGGUGGAGAUUGUCGAGUACGACGAGACGGCGCUGGUGUCGGUGUAUAUGUAUGGGGGGUUGUAUACGCAGGAGGCGGCCGAGUUGUUUUUGAGCGGGUUUGAGAAUGUCUUGGGGGUGGUGACGGGGGAUGGUGGGGGGAAUGUGGUGGUGGAUGAGUUGGAGAAGUGGGAUGGUGAGGAUGUGAAGGUGGCCUUGGAACGGGUUGUAGGCCCUGAAAUGCAUCUCGAAUGGCCCGACACCGUUGCCCACCGCAUCGACCAAGUCAUUGCCCAGUACCCGGACAACAUCGCCAUCAAGGACGGUUUCGGUCGUUGUUGGACCUACGCGGCGCUGAAUGAGCAGGUUGACAGUAUAGCACGCGUGCUUUGCGAUCUCCUGCCCGAGAAGACCCGUCAAGGAUCCGUUGUGGGCGUGUUCCAAACCCCGGCGGCCGGUUGGAUGGCCUCGCUUAUCGCCAUCAUGCGUGUGGGGGCCGUCUACCUGCCACUUGAUCUCAAAGUCUCGGCCUCACGUCUCGACGGCUAUGUCAAAGCGGCACAGCCGGCCGUUAUCCUGACUGACGAUACCAUGGCCGGUCUCACGAAAGACAUUGGGAUAGAGCAUCCGACCGCCCUCGUCAACCUAUCGGCCCUCCCAGCCACGGCUCCGGGCAGCAACACUGAACGGAUCAAAACGACGGCCCAGUCACAAAGCCCAGCCUACAUCAUCUUUACCAGCGGCUCCACCGGUACACCAAAAGGCGUUGUGGUCAAGCAUGCCAGCUUCCGCGCUAUGGCCGAGGGCUAUAUCCGACAAUGGGAUACGGCCGCGGACCUCGGGGCUAACGGUGUCGUGCUCCAGCAGUUGCCGCUGACCGCGGACGGCUCCUUGAAGCAAAUAGCCUCUGCCUUCACCACCGGCGGCUGUCUCGUUAUUGCCCCGGUCCACACCCGCGGGGAUCCCGUCGAACUGACACAGCUCAUGGCUGAAGAAGGGGUAACAUGUGCCAUAACUACGUCGUCUGAGUGGAGCAUGUGGUUCCGUUUUGCAUCCAACGGCCUCCGUCGCUGCACGGCCCUGACGUCAGCCUGGUUCGGCGGCGAAAAGGCGCCGCAGAGCUUGCUGGACUCGUUCCGCGCACUGAGCCAAACUUUGCCGAAGCUGCGCGUCUUCCACACAUAUGGUCCGACCGAGGCCACCAUCUCGGCGGCCAAGGGCGAGGUCUUGUUGCGUCAGGACGCCGAGGUGACCGUUCCGGUUCCAAUUCGCAUACUCCCCAAUUACGCCAUCUAUAUCGUCGACGAGGACUUACGACCUGUGCCGCUUGGCGUGCCGGGCGAGAUCAUCAUAGGGGGCGCCGGGGUAGGCGACAAUGAGUACCUUGGUCGACCAGAUGUCACCGCGGAUCGAUUUCCGGCGGAUCCUUUUGCUCCUAGCGACAACAAGACGGCGAGUGGUUGGGGUCGUAUGUACCGUACUGGUGAUUAUGGACGCCUCGAUUCCCAAGGCAGACUCACAGUGGAGGGCCGCAUCGCCGGCGAUGCUCAGGUCAAGAUUCGCGGCUUCCGGGUCGAACUGGGCGAAAUCGAGGGGGUGAUACUCAAGGAGGCUGCCGGUGCAUUGGCGUCUGUUGUAGUCACCCUACGCGACGGGGAAGGCGAUCACGAUGGGUUCCUUGUUGCGCAUGUCGUUAUGCAAGAAACCAACAGCAAGACGGCCUCCACAACCGUCGCCGGAGUACUUGACCAGCUACGCGCGCGUCUGGCCCUUUCCCUCCCCCAGUACAUGAUUCCGGCGGUCCUUGUUCCAGUCGACGAGAUUCCCCUGACGGCACAUGGCAAGGUCGACCGCAAUGCUGUGCGGGACUUGGCACUGCCCGAGGCUCUCCUCUCGACCGGGCAGCAGCAGGCGGAAGGUCUUCUGACAGCUGCCGAACAACGUCUUGCCGAUAUAUGGGCUACCUUGCUGCCGCCAUACGCGCUGGCCGCCGAGCCGUUAACGCGACGAACCGACUUCUUCCGCGCCGGCGGCAACUCGCUGCUGCUGGUGAAGCUGCAGGCGGCCAUCAAGAGCACAUUGGGCGGCGAGGCGCCCCGUCUCAGCAAGCUAAUGGGCGCCCCAGAACUUGGGAGCAUGGCGAUACUGCUGAUGCCACUGCUCGAGACAUCCGGAGGAGGAGCUGCUGGUCCAGAUUGGGACGAGGAGACGGCUCUUGACUUUGAUUUGGCAGAUCUUGUCCCGCAGCAACAGAGACACAAAGACACGGGCAACGGUCUUCGCGUGCUCGUCACCGGUGCGACGGGCCUUCUUGGCAAGAACAUAAUGCCGCUUCUAGUUGCCGACGCACGCAUUGCGCAGGUCAUCGUCCUGGCGCGGCCAGAUGCCGACCGUCGAGACCUCACCCGUCUAUUCCCCAACCUCUCCGACAGCAACAACAAGAUACGUGUCAUACCCACCGAGCUGCCUGCCAUCCCAACCGAGGCGCCCGAGCUCCAAUCCCUCGACGUCAUCCUCCACGUCGCAGCCGACCGCAACUUCUGGGACGGCUAUGCGGCGCUCAAGCCCGUCAACGUCAACGCCGUCAAGGGGCUUGCCCGGCUGGCCGCGCACACGGGUUCGGCCCUGCACGUGCUCAGCUCCGGUGCGGUAGCAGACUACGAGGAGGAUGCCGACCACCGCCAGCACGAAGGGAAACUCGGGCCACGACCCGACCCGGCGCUCGGAUACGUAGCGUCCAAAUGGGCGGCCGAGCGCUACCUUGCCAACGCAGCGCGACAGGCUGGCUUGCGCAUCACGGCCCAUCGGCCCACCGCCCUGUCGCCAACAGCAGCACCAAAGGAGACUCCCGAGGUUGAGGACAUUGACAGAGUGGGAGGGAACAGUGGGGACGACCAACUGACGGAAAUGGAAAACGCCCUAGCCCGUAGCAUCCUCUCCACGGCACCGCAGCUCGGCGUGCGGCCCGACUUCAACCACAUCAGCGGCAGCCUGCAUGUGGCGCCCGUUGACGAGGUCGCUGCUGCGGUGGCGGAUGCGGUGGCGCGGACGGGCAGUGGUAGUGAUGAAUACAUGGACGGGCAAGGGUCUGAGGUGAAGGCGAUGCGGAUCGUCAGCCACCCCGCGACCGCCAGCGUGCGGACAGAGGCUUUGGCCGCGUGGGUCGAGAAGGCGUUGGAAGAGGACGGGAACCGCGGGGUUCGGGGCUUGCCGAGCGUGCCGGCGUUGCAGUGGGUUGGCAUGGCGAAACGCGCCGGCGUCUUCAAGUGGUUCUUUACGGCCCAGGAGCUGGUUGUGACGGAUGAUGAGGGGCGGAGGGUCGUUUCGAAGAGGUGAUUUAACGGUCGCGUGUUCGCGUUUGCUGCAUCUUUUUCUUCCAGUUUGUUCUCUUCUCUUUUUGUUUAUUAGUUCCGGUUUGGGUUCUGCUUGGUUCGGUUUCUUCCAGUUCUAGUGAUCAUUGUACAUUUGAGUCAAAUAUAGAUAGAGGUUAGGCGUUCGUUAGGUAGUUAUCUAGGUAAACGGCGAAAUGGAUUCGGUGAGCCGGAGCUAUGCACGCGAGUGCUGUAUUCCCUUAUCUUUAGGUAGGUAGGGGACUAGUAGGUAGCAAGC